UACGAGAGGUGGUGGCUUGCCUAGGCGCCUCUGUUUCUGACCCGGCGUGUUUUCGGCCAGAGUUCUGUAGCGGUCGGGAUUCCGCCCGGGUCCGGAUUCUACGCCGGGAGCCAAGAUGCUCAAGUCCAAAACGUUCUUAAAGAAGACCCGCGCGGGCGGCGUGGUAAAGAUCGUGCGCGAGCACUACCUGCGGGAUGACAUCGGCUGCGGGGCCCCGACCUGCGCGGCCUGCGACGGGGCGCAUGCCGCUCCGGCCCUGGAGUCGCAGCCCGGCGACCAGGCGAGCAGCCUCUGCCCGUGGCCGCACUACCUCCUGCCGGACACUAACGUGCUGCUGCACCAGAUUGAUGUUCUGGAGGACCCAGCUAUCAGGAAUGUCAUUGUGCUCCAGACAGUCCUCCAGGAAGUGAGAAACCGGAGUGCCCCCAUCUAUAAGCGGAUCAGGGAUGUGACGAAUAACCGGGAGAAGCAUUUUUACACAUUCACUAACGAGCACCAUAAAGAAACCUACAUUGAACAAGAACAGGGAGAAAAUGCUAAUGACAGAAAUGACAGAGCCAUUCGAGUAGCAGCAAAAUGGUACAAUGAACAUUUGAAGAAAAUAUCAGCAGAAAACCAGCUGCAAGUUAUCCUUAUAACAAAUGACAAGAAAAACAAAGAAAAGGCUGUAGAAGAAGGAAUCCCAGCUUUCACGUGUGAGGAGUAUGUAAAAAGCCUGACUGCUAAUCCUGAACUUAUAGAUCGUCUUGCUUGCUUGUCUGAAGACACGAAUGAAAUAGAAAGUGGAAAAAUAAUAUUUUCAGAGCAUCUUCCCUUAAGUAAGCUCCAACAAGGCAUAAAAUCUGGUUCAUACCUUCAAGGAACAUUUAGAGCUAGCAGGGAAAAUUAUUUAGAAGCCACAGUGUGGAUUCACGGAGACAAAGAAGAUGAAAAAGAGAUACUUAUACAAGGACUAAGACAUCUAAAUAGAGCUAUUCAUGAAGACGUUGUGGCUGUGGAGCUUCUGCCCAGGAGUCAGUGGGUGGCACCAUCUUCUGUGGUUUUACAUGAUGAAGGUCCAACGGAAGAUGAUGUGGAGAGAGAUGAGGAGAGAGAACUCAUGCUUAAGACUGCUGUAAGUGAAAAAAUGUUGAGGGCUACAGGUAGAGUUGUAGGAAUAAUAAAAAGGAACUGGAGACCAUAUUGCGGCAUGCUUUCCAAGUCUGAUAUUAAGGAGUCAAGAAGACAUCUUUUUACACCUGCUGAUAAGAGAAUUCCACGAAUUCGAAUAGAAACCAGACAGGCUUCUGCACUAGAAGGACGGAGAAUUAUUGUUGCUAUUGAUGGUUGGCCUAGAAAUUCUAGAUAUCCAAAUGGACACUUUGUUAAAAAUUUAGGUGAUGUUGGAGAGAAAGAGACAGAAACAGAAGUUCUGUUGCUUGAACAUGAUGUUCCUCAUCAGCCCUUUUCCCAGGCUGUCCUUAGCUUCCUGCCCAAGAUGCCGUGGAGUAUUACUGAGAAGGACAUGAAAAACCGAGAAGACCUGAGACAUCUGUGUGUUUGCAGUGUCGACCCUCCAGGAUGUACUGACAUAGAUGAUGCCCUGCAUUGUAGAAAACUCAGUAAUGGAAAUUUGGAGGUUGGUGUUCACAUUGCUGACGUUAGCCAUUUCAUCAGGCCAGGAAAUGCGUUGGAUCAAGAAUCAGCCAGAAGAGGAACAACUGUUUAUCUUUGUGAAAAGAGGAUUGACAUGGUUCCGGAGUUGCUCAGCUCUAACUUAUGCUCCUUAAGAUCCAACGUUGACAGGUUGGCAUUUUCCUGUAUUUGGGAAAUGAAUCAUAAUGCUGAAAUCUUAAAAACAAGAUUUACCAAAAGCGUAAUUAAUUCAAAGGCUUCUCUUACAUAUGCUGAAGCACAGAUGAGAAUUGAUUCAGCUGCUAUGAAUGAUGAUAUUACCACUAGUCUCCGUGGACUAAAUAAACUAGCUAAAAUUCUUAAAAGAGGAAGGAUUGAAAAAGGGGCUUUGACUCUGUCUUCUCCAGAAGUUCGAUUCCACAUGGACAGUGAAACUCAUGAUCCAAUAGAUCUACAGACCAAGGAACUGAGAGAAACAAAUUCCAUGGUGGAAGAAUUUAUGUUACUUGCAAAUAUUUCUGUUGCAAAAAAAAUUCAUGAGGAAUUUUCUGAACAUGCUCUGCUUCGAAAACAUCCAGCUCCACCUCCCUCCAAUUAUGAAAUUCUUGUUAAGGCAGCCAAGUCCAAGAAUUUGGAAAUUAAGACUGAUACAGCCAAGUCUUUGGCUGAUUCUUUGGACCGGGCUGAAUCCCCUGAUUUCCCGUACCUGAACACUCUUUUAAGGAUAUUGGCCACUCGCUGUAUGAUGCAAGCUGUCUACUUCUGUUCUGGGAUGGAUAAUGACUUUCAUCACUAUGGCUUAGCCUCCCCAAUAUACACACAUUUCACUUCUCCCAUCAGAAGAUAUGCAGAUAUAAUUGUUCAUCGGUUGUUGGCUGUGGCUAUUGGGGCUGAUUGUACUUACCCGGAGUUGACAGAUAAACACAAGCUUUCAGAUAUAUGUAAAAAUCUCAAUUUCCGGCAUAAAAUGGCUCAGUAUGCUCAGCGUGCAUCAGUAGCUUUCCAUACCCAGCUGUUUUUCAAAAACAAAGGAAUAGUAAGCGAAGAAGCCUAUAUUCUCUUUGUAAGAAAGAAUGCAAUUGUGGUGCUAAUUCCAAAGUAUGGCUUAGAAGGCACAGUUUUUUUUGAAGAAAAAGAUAAACCAAAGCCACGGCUUACUUAUGAUGAUGAGAUACCUUCACUCAGAAUAGAAGGUACAGUGUUCCAUGUCUUUGAUAAAGUUAAAGUAAAAAUCACAUUAGAUUCAUCAAAUCUUCAACAUCAGAAAAUCCGCAUGGCCCUUGUGGAACCACAGAUACCAGGAAUAAAUAUUCCUCCUGAUGUUUCAGACAUGGAUCUCAGUGGGCCAGGAGGGAAGAAGAGGAAACUUGAGAAGUAGCUACAUGCAACAGUGAACUUCAAAGACUGAUGAUUACUGUAGACAACAACAAAAUUGAAAGCAUACUUACAAACUGGUGUGCAUGAUAGUAACUUUCAAGUACAUUUCAAUAAUUUUAAGAAAUUUGCAUUUUUAUUGAGUUACUGACUAAAUCUAUCUUAGACUGUACUUCUGCAACAACAAAAAUUAUGCAGAAAAAUUCAUUUGAAUAUCCAUCACUUAAAUCACCGGUGACAGAAUAGCAACUUCAAGGAUCUGUGAUGAUAAUUUAAAGGGAGUACUCAUCUGCUCAUUGACGAGCAGAUUAAUUUUUAUAUAAGUACUUUAUUUAAUAUAGAAAAACUGCAAUUUCUGAGGAGAAUUAACAUUUUUAGAAGCAAAGCACAAGCCUUUCUAAAUCUUGAGCUGUCAGUGUUUGGCAUUUGAUCUUUUUGCCAUUUUAAUUUGCCUACUUACAACACUGUGUUCACACAUUUGAAAAGCCUCCUUACUUUACUAGUGGUUCUCAGAAGUGAAUGUUUUGGGAUUAUAAGAAAAAGAAAACUCAGGUAUCUUGGAUUGGGAACAUUGUGAUGUUGUUGACAGGUGAUAAGUUCCUCAACCUGUGUCGCCAGUGUUUCUCUCAGACAAGGCAUUACACUCUAGGGAGUCAAAGUAGAAAUGUUUGCUUUCUUACAAAAACAAGUAAUGGCUUCUGAAUUUUGGUUAUACCCAAUUAUAUAAGAGAGAAGGGACUGUAUUAGACAUAUUAAAGGAACAAAUGAAGUCUCAUUUGUUGUACCAGUUUGACUACCUCGUGCCUUGCACAUCCCAGAUUAAUGAUUACAUUAGGAAAAUUUUAACAUUUCACUUUGCUUAGUCAGUUUCUAGUCUAGUAAACUACUUUUGUGGUAGUAACCAGCUGAAAAGUCCCCAGGCUAUAAUGGAGGUACAGCUGUAUCCCGUAUACAAACACACAUUCAGUACUGUUUUCCAAUUUCCUAUUAACAGCAGAUAAUAUCCAUAUGUUAAGGCAGAACUUGAUUUAACUGAAGGAAGACAGUCAAGCAGCAUUUGGCCCACAGCAUUUCAGACUGUUGGCUGAACUACAACUACAGACAGCCCUGCUGUACUUGUGGUUUAUAAGCAGCCAAACAAUGUGUAAACAGGUAUGGUUAUGUUCCUGAAAUAAAAACUCAAUUUUCCAAGGAGUAUAA